UUGGAGGAACGUGGAGAAGAAGGAGGAGUUGUUGCUACUCGCAGGACUCUGGAGCAGCACUAGGAACCGGUUUGUUUAAUGGAUUCAACCCGCUUCUCCUCGGAGAUAAAGACGGCUUUAUGGCUCUCUGCUGGUUAUUGAUCCACAUCUUCCUCCUCACCUCCUCCUCUUCCUUGGCUCACAAUGACUUCUUCACCUCGAUCGGUCACAUGACCGACCUGCUCUUCACAGAGAAGGACCUGGUCUCUUCCCUGAAGGACUACAUCCGAGCCGAGGAGAGCAAGCUGGAGCAGGUCAGGAGAUGGGCCGACAGACUGGACGUCCUCUCGGCGGCGGCCACCCAGGACCCCGAGGGUUUCCUGGGACACCCGGUGAACGCCUUCAAGCUGAUGAAGAGGCUGAACACGGAGUGGGGGGAGCUGGAGAGCCUUGUGCUCACCGACAUGUCUGAUGGGUUCAUCUCCAACCUCACCAUCAAGAGGCAGCACUUCCCAAACGACGACGACCAGACCGGAGCCGCCAAAGCCCUGAUGAGGCUGCUGGACACCUACCAGCUGGACACCAACACCAUCUCCACCGGAGCGCUGCCAGGCUCGUCGUCCUCUCAGCGCAGCGCCCUGACGGUGGACGACUGCUACGACCUCGGGAAGGUGGCAUACUCGGAGGCGGACUACUACCACACGGAGCUGUGGAUGGUUCAGGCCCUGAGGCAGCUGGACGAGGGCGAGGCUUCCAACGCUGUGGACGCCGUCACCAUCCUGGACUACCUGAGCUACUCCGUCUACCAGCAGGGGGCGCUGGAGAGGGCGCUGGCCUUCACCCGGAGGCUGCUGGCGCUCGACCCGACCCACCUGAGGGCCAAGGGGAACCUGAAGUACUUUGAGUAUCAGCUGGACAAACAGAAGGCCGACGAGGAGGGGGGGGGGAGGCAGAGGAGUGAGACCCGGGGUCGCCCUGCUGACUACCUGCCAGAGAGGAAGAAGUACGAGCAGCUGUGUCGCGGCGAGGGCCUGAGGAUGACUCCUCGCAGGCAGAGCCGCCUCUUCUGCCGUUACCACGACAACAACCGCCACCCGAAAUACGUGAUCGGUCCGGUGAAGCAGGAGGACGAGUGGGACCGACCGCGCAUCGUCCGAUACCACGACAUCGUGUCCGAUGCGGAGAUAGAGAAAGUGAAAGAGCUGGCCAAGCCCAAGCUGCGUCGAGCCACCAUCUCUAACCCAGUGACUGGUGUUCUAGAGACGGCCCACUACCGCAUCAGUAAGAGUGCUUGGCUCGGGGCGUUCGAGCACCCGGUGGUGGACCGGAUCAACCAGAGAGUCCAGGACGUCACCGGCCUCGACGUGACCACCGCCGAGGAGCUGCAGGUGGCGAACUACGGGGUCGGAGGGCAGUACGAGCCUCACUUUGACUUUGGACGGAAAGAUGAACCGGAUGCUUUUGAAGAGUUGGGGACAGGAAACAGAAUCGCCACCUGGCUGCUUUACAUGAGUGACGUACAGGCAGGGGGCGCCACCGUCUUCACUGACGUUGGAGCUGCGAUUUGGCCCAAAAAGGGGACGGCGGUGUUCUGGUUCAAUCUGUUCCCGAGUGGAGAAGGAGACUACAGAACCCGACACGCUGCCUGUCCGGUUCUGGUGGGGAACAAGUGGGUGUCCAAUAAAUGGAUCCAUGAACGAGGGCAGGAGUUCAGGAGGCGCUGUGACCUCCAUGAGGGGACGGACUGACCUCCUCCUCCUCCUCCUCGUCUUCCUCCUCCUCUUCCUCAUUCUCCUCCUUCUCCUCCUCCUCCUCAUCUUUCUCCUCCUCCUCCUCUUCCUCCUUCU